CUAGGAUCUUCCUUAGCGAAUGAUCAAAUCCACCGGAUCCACUGUGUUCAUUGCGGAUUCCUACCCUUCAACAUGCGUCUCUCUCCGGCAUGGUACCAGUUCCUGGUCGGUGUAUUCGCCUCUCUCGGCUCGUUCCUCUAUGGAUACGAUCUAGGUGUGAUUGCCGAGGUCAUCGCCAGUGGAUCUUUCAUCUCCAGAUUUGAAGCCGAUAGUACUCAACAAGGUCUCGUGGUUUCCAUGUUCACUGCAGGUGCUUUUUGCGGUGCAGCAUUCGCAGGUCCGACUGGUGAUAGGCUGGGUCGACGAUGGACCAUCACGAUCGGUUGUAUAAUCUUCUGCCUUGGCGGAGGUCUUCAGACAGGAGCUCGGACCAUCGCAUACUUGUACAGCGGAAGAUUCUUUGCUGGUCUCGGAGUCGGUUUCCUUACCAUGAUUAUCCCCUUGUACCAAGCUGAGAUCUGUCACCCCGACAUUCGUGGCCGAGUCACAGCUCUUCAACAAUUCAUGCUCGGUGUUGGCUCCCUCUGUGCUGCUUGGAUUUCGUAUGGCACAUACAUCGGCUUCUCUGAUACCAACGAUGCCCAAUGGCAAUUGCCCCUGGGUCUGCAGAUCGCACCGGCAGUCUGCCUGGGCCUUCUCAUCAUGUUCUUCCCUGAGUCUCCUCGUUGGCUCAUUGACCACGGUAAAAAUGAGCUGGGCCUGAAGACCCUAGCUCAACUCCACGCUCAUGGUAACGAAGAUGACCCGUGGGUGCGUGCGGAAUACCAGCAGAUUCAGGAAAGCAUCAAGUUCGAGCAUGAGAAUGAAGCCAAGUCCUACGCGGAACUCUUCACGUCCCGCUCUUCCUUCCGUCGUCUGUUCCUCUGCUGUGCUAUCCAGGCGUCUGUCCAGAUGACAGGUGUAUCUGCGAUCCAAUACUACUCCGUGACUAUCUAUGAGCAGAUCGGCAUUUCGGGCGACGAGACCCUGCGGUAUCAGGCCAUCAACUCGAUCAUCGCCUUGAUCGCCCAGUUCCUUUGCAUCCUGUACAUCGAUCGGUUCGGUCGUCGGUGGACUUUGAUCGGUGGCAACCUGGGUAACUGCGUCACGUUCAUCGUGGCGUGUGCGCUGCUGGCCAAAUUCCCGCCGGAGGUCAACAACACGGGCGCUCACUGGGGCUUCAUCAUCAUGACCUGGCUGUACAACUUCUCUUUCUCUUGCACUUGCGGUCCCCUGUCGUGGAUCAUCCCCGCCGAGGUGUUCGACACCCGGACCCGGUCGAAGGGUGUGUCGCUGGCCUGCAUGGUGUCCUAUGCCUUCAACACCAUGAUCGGCCAGGUCACCCCGAUCGCCAUGGAGAGCGUUCGCUACAAGUACUACUACCUCUUCAUCAUCUGCAACUUUACGAAUGCGAUCUUCUUCUGGCUGCUGCUCCCCGAGACGAAGAAGCUUCCCCUGGAGGAGAUGAACUACCUCUUCUCCAAUUCGCCCUGGAUCGUGGUGGGCACUCGCAAGGAGGACUAUGUCUCCCACGACUUGGAGCGCCGCGUUGAAGAGCAGGAGGAGAAGAGAGGUGCCUUUGCGACGCACGCCGAGACUGAAGCGUAAUCUUUCUUUCCUGGCGCAGUCAGUUGGGGUGUUGUGUCUUUGCUUUCGGCAAACCUGGCACCCCAGCGCGGAAAUAUGAGAGGACAAGAAGUCCUAGUAAGACAGGGCGCCUUUGACCUUCCUGAGCAAUAGUCAGCGUGCUGCAGUAUGUAGUGACUCAAUAAUACCCCGUGAUAUGCUCACCAAGACUAUGGAUCAAACAGCGUAUUUACUAAGGUGUCAAGUUCUUGCCGUGUGUACUCCGUAAAGUCUUUCAUACCUUUGGGGGAAAUCACAUGAUCAGCU